AUGGCGGACCUCAAGGUCAACCUCACUGCCCCCAAUGGAAAGACAUUCACGCUACCGACAGGUCUCUUCAUCAACAAUGAGUUUGUCAAGGCCGCCUCAGGUGCCAAGGUGACCAGCAUAAACCCCACAAAUGAAGAAGAAAUCUGCUCAGUAGAGGCCGCUGGCCCCGAAGACAUCGACAAGGCCGUCGCUGCUGCACGGGCUGCCCUGAACCACGAGUCGUGGCGGGACAUGCCCGGCAGCGAGAGGGGCCUUCUCAUGUUCCGCCUCGCCGACCUGGUCGAGAAGAACAAGGAAGUCCUCGCCACCAUUGAGACAUGGGACAACGGCAAGCCGUAUGGCGAUGCCCUCAACGGUGAUCUUCAGGAAGUCAUUGACUGUCUUCGCUACUACGCCGGCUGGGCCGAUAAGCUGCACGGCCAGACUAUUCCCACAACACCCCUGAAGUUUGCCUACACGCUGAGACAGCCAAUGGGAGUGUGUGCCCAAAUCAUCCCGUGGAAUUAUCCUCUCGGCAUGGCGGCGUGGAAGCUAGGCCCGGCCUUGGCUUGCGGUAACACAGUCGUGCUCAAGCCCGCUGAACAAACGCCUCUCUCGAUCCUAUACUUUGCGACGCUUCUCGUCGAGGCCGGCUUUCCCCCGGGAGUUGUGAACAUCACGAAUGGGUACGGCAAGGACGCGGGCCAGGCACUUGCCAGCCACCUGGGUGUCGAUAAGAUUGCCUUUACGGGCUCCACCGCGACUGGCAAGCACAUUAUGAAGACGGCGAGUAUUAACAUGAAGGCCGUGACGCUCGAGACCGGCGGCAAGUCGCCUCUCAUCGUCUUCCCGGAGGCCGACAUCGACCAGGCCGCCAAGUGGGCUCACCUCGGCAUCAUGAGCAACAUGGGCCAGAUCUGCACAGCCACCUCGCGCAUCUUGGUCCACGAGUCGAUACACGAUGACUUUAUUGCGAGGUUCAAGGAGGCCAUCAAAUCGACCAGCAAGGUUGGCGACCCUUUUGCAUCCGACACGUAUCAGGGCCCACAGGUGACAAAGGCCCAAUACGACAAGAUCCUAUCGUUUGUCGAGUCUGGCACGUCCGAAGGCGCGACACUGACUUCUGGAGGCAAGCCCUGCCCGCUCAACGGCAAGGGCUACUUUAUCGAGCCCACUAUCUUCACGAAAGUGAAGCCUGACAUGAAGAUUUUCCGUGAGGAGAUCUUUGGGCCUUUUGGCGUGAUCGUGCCCUUCAAGGACGAGGAGGAAGCUAUCCGUAUGGCAAACGAUAGUACAUACGGCCUCGGUGGCGCCGUGUUCAGCCAGAAUAUCGAGCAGGCGCACCGGGUGGCGGCGCGCAUCGAGUCUGGUACUGUAUGGAUCAACUCGUCGCAGGACUCAGACAUUCACGUCCCCUUUGGCGGGUUCAAGCAGAGUGGUCUGGGACGGGAGCUGGGUGAGGCUGGCCUUGCAGCAUACUCGCAGACAAAGGCCGUGCACGUCAACAUGGGUAACAGACUAUGA